AUGGAAGAGAUUCGAGAGGCUGCGUUAGCCUAUUACGAAGCUGGAACUCAAGAGCAGAGGCAGUUGGCACGGGCAUUUUUCCAAACCUUGGAUGUGGAUGGAGACGGGACAGUGAGCGUCCAGGAGUUCGUCGACUUCCUCAGGGGCAGGGGCUACCGGCUGUUGGAUAAUCCCAGCUUUUUCCAGGCACUUGACCGUGACGGCAAUGGGUGUCUGGAUUUCUACGAAGUUCUCACCUUAUACUAUAUAAUUAAAAGCGGUAGACCUUUCUGUGAUGGGUGUGGGGUUUUCCUCAAGGGUUUGUUUUUCACUUGCCUUGACUGCUAUGAAAGCAGCCAUACCACAUUCAAUCUUUGCUCCGCGUGUUACCGCGGCAAAAAGUUCAGUCACCAGCACGCAGCCAUUUUAGAUAACUACACUUUGUUGACGCACAAGAGGACGACGACCAUGGCAGGACUCGGACAACCAAAUAUGAGUCAGAUAACUUCUCCAGGGAGUUCCAGCUUGAAGCGAGGGAAGUCUAGUCAUGAGAAAGUGAAGGAAGCGUUUGAGGCGUUUGACACUGCAGUUACCAUUGGAACCUAUGCUACCUAUGUUGCCAAUGCUGCCAAUGUUUGCAGCAUUAUGUAGGCAUUUUAUGGUUGAAACUGUUAUGUUUUGUUAUGCUAGACAUUAGGUUGCUUUAGUGGGUUGUUGGUGGGCUAUUGCCAAUCUGUCAAUAAAUCCCUAUUGUUAAGGGUUAGUUGUUCAUUUGAAUUAGUCUUACCACGUUAUUAGGAGCUCUGAAACGUGGGCUGUUAUUUUUCUUGUUUUUCAAGUGUUACUCUGUAAGGCUAUAAGAUAGCCAGGUUUACUUUUCAAUGAAUAACAGAGAUUUCUCCCAAAA